AUGCUUCCAAGAACGCAACGCGAUGAUCGAGAAACCCCAGAACUCACGACCAGUGCGACAAGUCUCGCGAAGAACGAACAACCGGGCCCCGUUGCCUGGGGGGUUACGACGAGUGAGCGGGAGUACAAGAGGCAGCGCAAGGACGAGUAUUAG